AUGCAGUCAAGAAAAUUAGUGGCCUAUGAUUAUCGACAAUUAAAGCCGCAUGAGAAGAAUUAUCCUACACAUGAUAUAGAAUUGGCUGCAAUCGAAAAGGAUAAUGUGGUUGCAGAUGCACUUAGCCGGAAGUCGUCUUUGUUUGCACUCCGAGCGAUGAACGCUCAUUUAUCUUUUAAUGAAGAUGGAUUUGUAUUAGCAGAAUUGAGAACGAAACCUGUGUUUCUCCAACGGGUUCGAAAAUUACAAGACGAGGAUCCAAAGUUGAUGUUGAAACGACAGAUGGUUCGGGACAAUUUGAGUUCGGAGUAUAGCAUUGAUGAUAAUGGUAGUAUGAAGAUGUAUUGUGAUUUGAAACAGAUGUAUUGGUGGUCGGAUAUGAAACAAGAAAUUUGUGAGUUCGUAGCAAAGUGUUUGAUUUGUCAGCAAGUAAAAGAAGAACAUCAGGUACCAAUGAGUUUGUUACAACCUGUCAUGAUUCCUGAGUGA